UAGUCUGUUCGUUUCCCUGAACUUUUCAAUUUCUUUAAGUUGUGAGCCUGACAGGGACGAGUCUUUUGAUUUCGAGACUUUCGACUUACGUCAUAACGUCUUAUCAAAAGCCUUUAGCAUUUCUUCUCUAGCGGUCAUGUAAUAAGAGGUGUAUCAAUUACACAAGCCAGUCACAGAGCUAUAGAGUGGCGAUAUCAACAUUAGCAAUCUGCGGAAAUUUACUUCGGAAAACAGAUCCGGGAAAGGAAUCCAAUGAAGGAAAAAUGGUUUCAAACGUACUGUGGAAAAUACUGAUUGUUUUCUCUUGUUUGGUUAUGAUGACUUCAGCUUUGCCAGAAAGUUACCAGAAUUUUAGCAAAUGUUACCCUGGGAAACGAAUCAGUCACAAAAACAUUGCUGGGCAAAUUAAGAUGUUAAUUUGCGCAGGAGAAAAAGACGGUGUCCAAGACUGGCAAUAUACUGAUGGUUCUUCAACAUUGGGCGAGGAGUUCAACCCAGCCAAAGAUUGUCCUGAAAUUGUUGAUUAUUUGCCUGAAGCUAAGGAUGGAUUUUAUUGGAUUUCCUUCGACAACAAAACUAAGCAUAAGCUUUGGUGUGAUGUAAAUACAGACGGUGGGGGGUUUACCUUAGUUGGAAUGACGGACAGUCCUGUAACGUGGACAAUACCAACCAACUCUACCCCAGUUGAUCCUAAAGGACCCCCUCAUUGGUCUAGCGAACUUGGUGAUCUACAAAUACUCGAUUUCAGAGUUCAGAUUUCUUCGGACAAUACUUUUGAAGGGACCAAGGCACAUUGGUUUUAUCGCCUAAACCAGAAGCGUCAACUUGGGAAUAUUCUCAUAAACGACGUAUCAACUGGUUGUUCCAUGAAUAAUCCUGGAAUUGGGGAUAUCAAAUAUGUCAAGGACGUUCAAAGCGGUUCUAUCAUUACGACUAAUUUCAAAUGUUCCAUAUUUGGACCUCACACUCACAGUAAUUUAGGAUGGGGAAGAAUGAACAAUUGUCUUCGUAAUACUUGCCAGAAUGGUUAUGGUGUGAUUCCCGGGUUUUUGUUUGAAUAUACCGAAUUUGGUUCAUUCAGUUACAGCGCCGUGUCGACUUCAACUGGCAUGCGACGUAAUUCCACAGCCUUUCUUGGAUGCGAUAAUGGGAAAUGUUGCGGAUGUUUUGGUCCUAAAGGUGGAAGACAAAACUACUGUGGUCCUGGAUGUACUGCAAUUAAUGGUGGAACGGUAAUGAAGAAUGUUUUUGUUUGGUUUUGGGUGAGAAACAGAAUGCCAGAAAGACUUUGGAAAAGAUGUAUGGAGUUCAAAAUGAAGAACUCCGUUGACACAUUUGAGAAAUAUUUUAUUGAUCCGAGAACUGGUACAGCACACAAGGGUUCCUGUUCAGCACAAUUUAAGAGAUUUUUUAACGAAGGUACAUUGACGGUAGCUGACGAAGAUAGUUUAGAGAAGAUCCUAAAUGUUCCUGGUCUUCUCUCGUAUCGUGAAGAUAAUCAACAACUUUACGUCAAUAAUGGAUCAGAGUGGCAGUCUUUGGCUUAUGAAGAUGAGAUUCGAAAAUUACAGCAGGAAGUUAGAAAUCAAGAAACCAGGAACAACAAUCAACAAAGUGCAAUUCAAAAUCUUCAAACAACAAACAAAAAUCAACAAAGUGCAAUCCAAAAUCAUGAGAGCACCAUCCGAAUCCUUCAAACGAAAAAUCAAAAUCAAGAACGAAUUAUCCAAACUCUUGAAAAAACGAUUGAAACUCUGGGAAACUUGAUAAAAAAGUUAGAAAAAGGUUUACAAGCUUUUCAGUCUUGUUCAAUAUUACGACAAACGAGGCCUACAGCCGAUAGUGGAACGUAUUUGGUGAAUCCCAUUCAAGGCGUUUUAGUUUCAGUAUUUUGUGACAUGACUUCAAAGAAUGGUGUUGGUGUGACAGUGAUUGGACAUGACAGUGAAUCAAGAACAUUUGUGGACGGAUAUGAUCCUGCAGGUUCUUACAUCAAAACCGUAAAAUAUGAAAUUUCCAUGGAGCAGGUAAUUGCCAUUACGACACAGUCCGCGAAUUGUGAACAGUUUAUAAAAUACGAAUGUUAUCAUAGCCUUAUCUGGUACAGCUCCACAAAGGCAUAUUAUGCAUGGUGGGUAUCACGUCAAGGUUCAAAGAUGAAUUACUGGGGUGGAGCGGCAGUCGACAGUGGAAAAUGUGCCUGUGGAAUGAACAACAGCUGUGCAGGUGGAAAAAAAUGUAAUUGUGACAAGAAUGAUGCAACAUGGCGUGAAGACAGUGGAUAUCUGACAGACAAGAACACGCUUCCUGUUACUCAACUGAGAUUUGGCGAUACAGGUAUACGUGACGGUGUAGAUGAGCGUGGUUAUCAUACACUGGGAAAAUUACGUUGUUGGGGUUAAGAGAUGGAACGCUAAGCCGCGUGUGACUGCUGUGCCUUCGCAAUUGACUUCAUUCAUCUAAGUUCGACUGUUGUAAAACUUAAUCACUGUGAUGUUUAAAUCAUUGUCUGCGCGUUUCAUGCAGAGAUAAUGUGACAAAAACAACGAAAAAAUUCCUCUCCACGCGAAAAAUUCUGCCUUAGGCUUAGCGACAACAGCGAGUUUGGAGUAGAUGUAGGUGAUGAUGACUAAGCCGGUCUCCGAAUUCAGAAAAAAAUCACUCUUAUGAUUAGAUUAGACAGAAAAGUUCCUUUAAACACAAUUAUCCUUUGUUUUUUUACUUGUGAGAUUAACAGG